AAUAAUGCCACGACGAGUAUGUCCGUCUUUUGUGCAAGUCGGAUACUGAGGGCAUCCACCACAGCACAUGAACCACACCUAGCCACAUUCCGCGACUUGGCCAGCAGGAAGACGAGUUGGUCCGACACGCUCGCGUUGCCCAGAUCGCCAUUUCCAGCGCGUCCAUCGCCGGAACAGCUGGAGCUCUACCGCUCGCGAUGCGCCGAUGACCUGUAUGCCUGGCAGCGGGAGCACCGACCCAAGACUGCCACCAUCAAAGACGCAUCGGGAAGCAGACAAGUCGACAACGAGUUCGUGCUGCACGAUGGCCCGCCAUAUGCCAAUGGCGCAGUCCAUGUCGGACAUGCGCUGAACAAAAUUCUCAAGGACUUGAUGUUGCGCACCGAGCUGGCGCGUGGGAGAAGAGUCCACUAUCGACCAGGCUGGGAUUGCCAUGGCCUGCCUAUCGAGCUCAAGGCUCUCCAGCAGCCCAGAUCGUCGAAAGAUCGAGUGAAGCCCAGUAGGGAUGCGCCGAAGAAGGAGGCACAGGCUGCUGCCGAAGCUGCGAACCAGAUGACUGCGUCUGAUAUUCGACAGGCUGCGUCGAAGCUUGCCACCGAGACCAUCGAAUCGCAGAAGAAGAGCUUCAAAAGCUGGGGUGUCAUGGGCGACUGGGAUGCGCCGUACACGACGAUGAGCAAGGACUUUGAGAUCAGGCAGCUGGAAGUCUUCAGGGAGAUGGUGCGGAAGGGCCUCAUCUCAAGACAUCACAGGCCAGUACACUGGUCGCCCUCGUCGCGAACGGCUCUAGCUGAAGCCGAAUUGGAAUAUGAUGACAAUCACAAGACUACUGCGGCCUUCAUUUUGAUGCCAAUAGUCCGUCUCCCUUCCAUUCUCUUGCGGGACAAGGACAUCCAACCAAGCAAAUUAAGUGCUUUGAUCUGGACCACAACCCCAUGGACUCUGCCUGCAAACAAAGCUAUUGCUGUGAAUGGCGACAUCGAGUAUUGCCUAGUGAACACCAAAAGCGACCAAUUCCUCGUCGCAAAGGAUCGCUUAGAACACUUGCAAUCAUUCUUGCCAGAUGACCAGUUUGUCGUCACGCCCAAAUCAUUCAGCGGAUCUGAGCUCGCAGAUGGUCAAGCCACGUGCUUUAACAUCUUUACCGGCCAAGAGUCUCCGAUCUUACAAGCAGACUUCGUGACUGCAACGUCUGGUACUGGCCUUGUGCACAUAGCGCCUGGUCAUGGCAUGGACGACUACGUACUUUGCCAGCAAAAUGGGAUAGGGCCUGCAUUUGCGCCGGUGAACGAUGGAGGAAUGUUCACUUCUGAUGUGUGGCCUACUGCAAAGGACAGCGACCUAGAUUUGCUCCAUGGGCAAUUUGCGCCCACCAAAGGGACAAAUGCCGUGCUUAAUAUCAUGCGUGGAUGCAGUAAGUAUCUGCCAGCAGACAGGGAUGUUCUCAGUAGUGAUCUUGUGCUCGCGGCGCACAGCUUCGCACACAAGAAUCCCAUCGACUGGCGCACAAAGCAGCCUGUCAUCACACGUGCAACUGCGCAAUGGUUCGCGGAUGCAUCUGCAAUCAAAGAUCGCGCUCUUGCUGCUCUCGAUGACGUGAACUUCAUACCUGAAAGUGGGAAAAGCAGACUGCGCAGCUUUGUCGAAGGCCGCAGCCAAUGGUGUAUAUCUCGACAGCGCGUAUGGGGUGUUCCCAUUCCAGCGCUAUACCACGCCGACACUGGUGAGGCUUGCAUCACUGACGAGAGCAUCGCCCAUAUCAUCAGCACGCUUGAACAGCGAGGAUCUGAUGCCUGGUUUUCCGAUGCGAAAGACGACCCUGCAUGGUUACACUCGUCGCUAGAGCCUGGCAAGUGGCACCGCGGCAGAGAUACCAUGGAUGUCUGGUUUGACUCUGGGAGCAGCUGGACUUCCCUCAGCGCCAGAGAGGCUGGCAUGCCCUUGAGCGACGUGUACAGCGAGGGCACUGACCAACACCGAGGUUGGUUCCAAAGCAGUCUGCUUACAGCGGUGGCUAUGCAGGAUCCUCACGCAAAGCCUGUUGCACCAUUCAAGAUGCUAGCUACACAUGGCUUCACGCUCGACGGGGAUGGGAAGAAGAUGAGUAAGAGCCUUGGCAACGUUGUCUCACCUGAAGGAAUCAUUUCAGGCGCCUUGGUACAGACACAGCGGGGAACGAAAAAUGGUAAGCGACAGCAGCAGGAGCCGCCGCCAAACAGCCAAAAGACUUCGCUCGGUCCAGACGUCCUACGGCUGUGGGUUGCGUCGUCGGACUUUACCCGAGAUGUUUCCAUCUCCCAGACAGUGAUACAGAGUGUUCAACAGGCUCUGCAGAAGUACCGCGUAACCUUCAAGUUUUUACUGGGAGUACUACACGACUACUCUUUGCUAACACCCAACAAGGGUCCCAAGUUGCAACUUGAUUUGCCAGAUCGAGUCAUGCUCUACCGGCUACAGGAGACGAACAAGUCUGUAAAGCGAGCAUAUAGCGAGUACAGGUUCUAUGUCGGCAUUAAUGAGAGCAACAAGUUCAUCAACAAUGACUUGAGCGCCUUUUAUCUCGAACUUGCGAAGGACAGACUAUAUGCUGGAUCCACGGAAAGUCGCCAGCGUACACAAAUGAUACUGUUGCACAUUUUACAGAAUAUGAUUAGGUGGCUUGGGCCUGUCACGCCUCAUCUUAUCGAGGAAGUGGAGGCGUUUCUACCACCUGGAAUACAACCUCAAGAGCCAUAUCUUCAGCAGAUCUGGGAGGAUGGCUCUGAUGGUCUCAUUGAAGAUUAUCCGGACGAAGUGGAGCAACAACGAGACCACAACAACACCAUGCAGGCAUGGCAUGCCUUUCAAGCCAUCAGCACAGCUGUGAAGGUGGCUCAGGAACGGGCAAGAGCUGCGAAAGUGCUUGGUAAUGGACUCGCUUGUCGGGUUGAGAUUCAUACACCUUCGCCAGUCUCGCCGACUUCUUCACACCUUCAGUUCGUGGAAGAAUUGGAGAGAGAGUUGCCUGCCAUGCUUGUUGUCAGCGGAGUUUGUUGGAUACAGCAUGACGUUGUGGAAGGAGUUCCUAUAUCUAUCAAUACUGAGAGUGCGGAGCUGGGCGAUGCAUGGCGGUUUGAGCAGCCGGUAGAGAUCAAGUGUGAAGGGAAGACGUUGACGGGCAAAGUGGUGGUGCUGCCCCCUGCACAUGAGAAGUGCGUGAGGUGCUGGAAGUAUGUGGCCGAGGAGAAGGCUGUGCCGUGUGCGGCGUGUCGGAAGGUACUGGUGGAGGAGCAUGCGGAUCUGUUACGAUAGGGGGGAUGGAGUGAUAUGCGUAGCUGUGUAGCUGUGUUUGCGGUCGUGGUGGGAGUGGGAGGGGCAGCAGAGCAG